UUCUUGAACGUAACCUUGAACAACUUACCAAUGUACAAAAUUGGUUGAACAAAAUGGAUCUCUUAAAAAGGAAGUUGCUGUUGCAGAACGCAAGUUGAUUGCAAGAAAUGAACGUAUUCAAAGUCUAGAAGCCCUUUUAGGUGAUGCACAAGAAAAAUUAAUACAUCAAAAUCAAAAGUUUGAAGCACAAUUACAAGCUGUUCGUGAUCGGUUGGAACAGGCCCGUUCUCAAAAGGCCAGUCAACCUGCCAUGUCAGCUGUUAACUUUGGUAGAAUUGCUAAGCCUUUAAGAGGCGGUGGAAAUGUAGUUGAACCCGCUGAUGAUAAACGCGAAAAGCGCUCUUCUUGGAUGCCUGGAUUCUUAAAUGGUCGUUAAUAUCUAAUAAAUAAUCAAUGGAUCUGCAUUUGAUACGUGUAACCAUGGUUUUAAAAUGCCGAGAAAACCUCCCUGUUUAUUUGUAUUUUCAUGGGCAAUCAUUUUUGUUUUUAUAUUGAAAAUGCAUCAAGUAAGACUUGCAUUUCGCAAUGCAACGCUCAGGCAUCAGGGGAUCCAGACACGUCUCUUGCGUCAAUUAACUUCUCGUGAACUACGAUCUACAUUUAUUCAAUACUUUGAAAAACUAGAUCAUACACCUGUCAAAAGUGCUAGUCUUGUACCUCACAAUGACAAAAGCUUAUUGUUUACAAAUGCAGGCAUGGUACCUUUUAAAGAAUACUUUUUAAAGCCCAAAACAGCACCUUUUGGAUCAGCUACGAGUAUACAAAAAUGUAUGAGAGCAGGUGGCAAACACAACGAUCUCGACAAUGUAGGCUUCACACCUCGUCACCAUACUUUCUUUGAAAUGCUAGGUAACUUUUCAUUCGGUAAAUACUCAAAAGCAGAAGCUAUCGACUACGCAUGGAAGUUUUUGUUACAUGAACUCAAGUUACCUAUGGAUCGAUUACGAGUCACCGUAUUGGAAGGAGAUACAGAAGCCUACAAUUUAUGGAAACAACAAGGAUUGCCAGACGAAAUGAUAGUGGUUUGUGGACCAGAAGAUAAUUUUUGGUCUAUGGGUGAUGGUGAAGGACCUUGUGGUUCAUGCACUGAAAUCUUUUGGGACACAAAAGAUGCAUCUCUAGAGGAUCCUUGGUUAGAGAUUUGGAAUCUUGUGUUUAUGGAGAAAUAUCGUACUUCAGAAGGUGUAUUGACUGAUCUACCUAUCCCUUGUAUUGAUACUGGCAUGGGAUUAGAGAGAAUGAUCUCUGUCUUGCAAGGCAAAAAAAAUAACUUUCAAAUUGAUCAAUUUCAGAUAUUAAUUGGAGGAUUGAGACAAGUCCUUCAGAAUAGAGGGUUGCGAGCACCGAAUGAUGUGGAUCCAAGUGCUCAAGAAAAGAUCAUAGCAGAUCAUUUUAGAGCAAUGUGUUUCUUGAUUGGUGAUGGUGUGGUCCCUAGUAAUGUUGGCCGUGGUUAUGUAUUAAGACGAAUUAUUCGAAGAGCAUUAAGAUCUGCUAAACAAUUAGGAUUGAAUGAACCUUUUUUAACUGAACUAUAUCCUUUUCUAUUGUCUGGAUUUAAUCAUGAUGAAUACCCUGAGUUGGCUUCUCGCGCUUCUUCUAUUCAGAGCAUUAUCAUGAAUGAAGAAACUGCAUUUUUGGCUACAUUAGAUAGAGGCAUGCAAGUAUUAGAGACUGUGUUUAACCAAAGCAGCCUUCAAGCCACAAAACAAAUCCCUCCUCAUAUUGCCUUUCAAUUAUAUGAUACUUUUGGUUUUCCUUUUGAUUUAACAUUCAUUAUUGCUCAUGAAAAAGGCUGGACAGUCGAUAUUGAAGGUAGAGUGUCUAUUCCAACAUAUUUGACUCAUCUGUUUGUAGCUGUGGAAACAUUAAGGAACAAGCAAAAACAAGCAGGCAAAGAAUCUUGGAAGGUAGAUGAUAUCAAUGAUAAAUCAAGACUUGCUGAAUGGCGAAACUUGAACAUCAAACCACAAUUCACUGGUUACAAUCAUAGUUUACUUCAACAAGAAUCCGAAAUCUUGGCCAUUGAUACAGUGCAAAAAAAGAAGGAGACUGAAGUGACAGUGGCUAUUGAUCCAUGUCCAUUUUAUGGGUUGGGUGGUGGUCAAGUUGUUGAUCAAGGUACACUUACUUUGGCCAAUGGACAUACAUGGCAAGUGAAUGAUGUAAUGGUCCCUUAUGAAGGUGGUCUUGCUUUACGCAUUCAACCCCUUGACUUGAGUCCAGAUCAAACAGUGACAGACAGAUUAAUGGAAGAUCAGGCAUUUUUACAAAAGGGUCAAUUGGUCAGAACACAAGUAGACAUGAGCCGUCGAGAAGGUGCUGAAGUGCACCAUACAGCGACACAUUUGUUAAAUGCAGGACUUCGUAAAAUAUUGAAAUCACAGGAUAUCGUUCAAGCUGGAUCUACAGUAGAGCCUACCAAGUUACGAUUUGAUUUUACGUAUGGCAAGCCAUUAAAACAGAAGGAAUUGGAUGCUAUUGAAGAUUGGGUCAAUCAUAUAGCAGCAACUGGUGGCCCUACUUUCGUUCAACAUAUGAAGUUAUCAGACGCAGUGAAUGCAGGUGCUAUUGCUGCCUUUUCUGAAAAAUAUGGCGAGGUUGUAAGAGUGAUUGAUGUGCCUGGUGUCAGUAAAGAAUUAUGUGGUGGUACACAUGUAGAUAAUAUUCGAAAGCUUUAUCCUUUCAAGAUAUUAAAUGAAACCUCAGUUGCUGCAGGCACACGACGAAUUGAAGCUGUAGCAGGUUUGGCUUGUGUUGAAUGGUACAGAAAAGCCUUUGCUCCUGUGCCUGACGCACUUAAAUUAUUACGAGCUAAUAAUACAACGGACAUGAUGGACAAACUUGAAAAGACAUUACAGCAGCAAAAGGACUUGCAAAAGCGACUUGACAUGAUGAAUGAAAAGUUGGCUUCUGCAGAUAAAUUUGAUCAGCCUAUUUCUGCUACUAUCAAAGAUGUGAAUGUAAAGAUUCAUUUGAUUGAUGCCGAUUUGGAUAAUGGAUUUAUGCAAAAACGUGCAAAUGUGCUCAAAUCAAGCCAACCUGAAUCUGCUCAUAUUUUAGUCAAUGGCAACACCAUUGUAGUCGCAUUAAACAGUUGUCAAAUCAAGACAGAAACUGCCAAUUCAGUGAGUUUUUAUCCUUAACUUGUAAUUGACUAACGAAUCCAAUCUAGAUUUUGAAAUAUUUAUUGAAACAUAUGAAAGGCGGUGGUGGAGGACAAAAGGAAAUGGCUCAAGGUCGAUUAGCAGAUGCUAUUUUGACUAAGAAUGAUAUUCAGUCCAAGAUCUUGGUUGCUCUCAAUAAGUCUGAAUAAUACUACCCUUUAGCAAAAAUAAAGAACUUUUGGUCUACGUCAUUCAAAA